UUGCUGGUACUGCAGUGUUGAUGUUUCUGCAAGCUGCAGUGCGGUGGUGACGGGUGAUAAUGUGGGCAACGUGGUCCUGCUCAGCACUUCUGGUGAAGAGAUUUGGAAGCUGAAAUUGCACAGGAAGAAAGUGACUCACGUGGAGUUUAACUCCCGAUGUGAGUGGUUGUUGGCCACAGCCUCUGUGGAUCAGACAGUCAAAAUCUGGGACCUCAGAAACAUCAAAAACAAAAUGAAUUUUCUUCAUGUGCUUCCUCAUGACAAACCUGUCAAUGCAGCUUACUUCAGUCCAACAGAUGGUGCCAAGCUCCUGAGCACAGACCAGCGCAGUGAAAUCAGGGUUUACUCAUCUUCAGACUGGACCAAGCCACAGCAUCUGAUCCCACAUCCACAUCGGCAGUUUCAGCACCUCACACCUAUUAAGGCAACGUGGCAUCCUCGCUAUGACCUCAUUGUAGCGGGUCGCUACCCAGACCCUAAGUUUCCAGGGUACACAGUGAAUGAGCUACGAACUGUUGAUGUAUUCGAUGGAAACACUGGGGAGAUGGUUUGUCAACUCCAUGAUCCAAAUGCUUCUGGUAUCAUCUCGCUCAAUAAAUUUAACCCUAUGGGAGACACGCUGGCCUCUGGCAUGGGCUUUAAUAUUCUGAUCUGGAGCCGGGAGGAGAUGGUGGCCAAGAAGCAAGAACAUCUUUUGAAAGCCAUGACAGAACAGGGGAUUGGAAGGUGGAGUUUGUCCAGACGCGGAGGGCAGAGGCAGGCAAACCCUGGGCCCAGCAAACUCAAAGCUAACUUACUGUCUUGGGAGCUGGAGGAGAUGAGACCAAAAAGCAACAAUUCUAAAUCACAGGGAAGGAAGCGAAAAGGGAGGGAUCUAGAGAACUGAUUUAGUAUUUUGAUCCUUUCUGGAUCACAGGGUACAAAUUCGGUUUUGGCAAUGGGCAAGUAUAAGCCAUGCAGGGCAUUAGACUUCUACUUUGUCCUUGCUCCCUGGAUCUGAUGUUGCUUCCCUGAUUCUCUUUGCUUCUC